AUGAGCAUCGCCAAGUGCAAGUCGCUUCACGUCAAGCCCGGUCCCCCACCCUCCUUCCACGAUCGUGCCGUAUCCGAUCGCCAUGUACCCGGGACGAAGCCCGUGUGGGUGCGCAACGCGACGCUCUGGACUGGCAACGCAAACGGUACUGAAGUUGUUACUGGCGAUCUCCUGCUCGCGGACGGCCUUAUCAAGGCAGUCGGCAUCAUCCCCGACGCGCUGCUACGCGCAUAUCCCGACGUAGAAAGCAUCGACGCGCGAGCUGCAUGGGUGACGCCGGGACUGGUCGACCUGCACUCGCAUAUGGGCGUCGGCGCGUCCCCCAAGCUUCAAGGCGCGGGAGACACGAACUCACACGCGGCGCCGAUGCAACCCUGGCUUCGCUCCAUCGAUGGCUUGAACACGCACGAUGAGAGCUUCAAGCUCGGCAUAGCGGGUGGCCUAACCACAGCGCUAAUCCUCCCCGGAUCCGCCAAUGGCAUCGGCGGACAAGCGUUCGUCAUCAAACUGCGCGAGACCGAGGAGCGGUCUCCUUCUGCGAUGCUGCUCGAGCCUCCCUUCGGGCUGAAUGGGAGUCAAGUGGGUGCGGAUGGACCUCCGAGAUGGCGACAGAUGAAGUACGCUCUUCCCUGCCCUCGGGUAUACUCGCAAACUCGGAUGGACACCUUCUGGCAAUUUCGUGAGGCCUACGACAAGGCUCGUCAGAUCAAGGAAGCUCAGGACGAGUACUGCGAGGCAGCGCUUGCUGGGCAGUGGAAUUUGGUCGAGGGCAAGGCCUUCCCGGAGGAGCUCCAAUGGGAGGCUCUGGUAGACGUGCUACGAGGGAAAGUCAAGGUCCAGACGCAUUGCUACGAAGCGGUCGACCUUGACGACUUCGUGAGGCUCUCGAACGAGUUCAGGUUUCCGAUCGCGGCAUUCCAUCACGCGCAUGAAUCGUACCUCGUCCCGGACGUCUUGAAGAGAGCCUAUGAUCACCCACCGGCUUCGGCCAUCUUCGCUGCGUUCUCUAGAUACAAACGCGAAGCCUACCGCCACUCGGAGUUCGCUGCGCGUAUCCUGUACGACGCUGGUCUGAAGGUGGUGCUCAAGAGUGACCACAGCGGUGUGGUUUCGAGAUACCUUCUGCACGAGGCACAGCAAGUUCACUACUUUGGCUUACCGGAAAACGUUGCGCUCGCCAGUGUCAUUUCCACCCCGGCAGAGGUGAUGGGGAUGGACCAUCGUAUUGGGUUCCUGAGGCCGGCUUACGAUGCGGACGUCGUUAUCUGGGACAGCCAUCCGCUGCAGCUGGGCGCGACGCCGACGCAGGUGUUUGUGGAUGGUGCAGCGCAGCUCGACCAUCCCGUGGUCACCGCGAACAAGGACAAGGCUCUGCAGACCUCGCCCGCGGUGCCGGAUUGGGCGGAUGAGGCAGCGAGCACGAUCGGGUACGAAGGCUUACCACCUCUGGCGCCCGAGAAUAUCAAGGAGCAAGCUGUCGUUUUUACUGGAGUACGCGAGAUCAUCACCCACAAUGGAACGACGGUCACAUCUGCGGAGGACUUGGCCGUCAUCGCGCGCGACGGGGUCAUCACCUGCGUAGGCAUUCAUUGCGCCGGUGUCACGGACGCUGCCGGUGCACGCAUUGUCGAGUUGGAAGGUGGCGCACUGUCUCCCGGCUUCGUGACAUUCGGCACACCGUUGGGACUCGCUGAGAUCUCGUCGGAUACGAGCACGGCAGACGGACCGGUGGGAGAAGUCGGUGCAGUGCUACCGCGCGCGGUAGAUGGUUUGCUAUUUGGGACGAGAGAUGCCUUACUUGCGUACCGACAUGGCGUCACGCGCGGUGUCGUAGCCCCUCAGAGCAGCGACAAGCUGGUUUCUGGGCUGAGCGUCGCUUUCUCGCUCGGCGCGUUGAACAAGGUGGAGAAGGGCGCGGUUACGCAGCGAAUAGUCGCACUUCAUGCGGAAGUAACUUUGAAGGCCAAGGAGAGCGUGAGCACGCAGGUGGCUCGGCUGAGGGCUCUGCUUCUGGACGCGUGGAGGUCCGAUACGGGAAAGCAAGCCAGUGAGCUCAUUGAGGCUGCACAAAGGGUAGUCAGGGGCGAAAUCCCGCUAGUCGUCAAGGCCCACAGUGCGGACGUAAUCGCGACGCUGCUGGAUUUGAAGAAGGACGUCGAAGCCGAGACCGGCCGAGCUUUCUCUUUGACGAUUGCAGGGGGCACGGAGGCGCACCUGAUCGCACCCGAGCUAGCGGCGUCCGGGGUGGGCGUCCUCGUGCUUUCGCCACGGUCGUUCCCGUAUGACUGGGAGAGGAAGCGGAUCUCACCUGGACCACCGCUGACCAAGGACAGCAACGUCCUCGCGCUCGUCGAGGCGGGCGUCACAGUGGGCAUCGGGCCCCAUGGCGCGAGCGGGCCGAGCAGCUGGGGCGUGCGCAAUACGCGGUUCGAUGUUAUCUGGUUACUGCUCGAGAGUGAUGGGAGGCUGUCAAAGGAACACGCGCUGGCGCUCGCGUCGACUAACGUGGAGAAGCUGCUGGGGGCGAAAUCGAGUGGCGAUCUCGUCGCGACGCGCAGUGGUGGACUGCUCGACUUUGGCAGUAAGGUGGUCGGCGUCGUAUCUGCAGAGCGCGGCGUAAUCGAUCUCUUGUGA